AUGCCUUUCAUUGCGCGACCUACACUCUUCUCUGAUAGUACAGUAGGCACUAUGCCAAUCACAGCGCCCAGUCCCGUAGAACAAGCCUUUGCCCGUAUAUGGGCAUUCAUUGUUGACAUCGCUACUUCGUUCUCGACUUGGCUGGUGAAUACAUGGAUAGGAAGCAAGUUCUUAGAAAUUUGUUCAACGGUAGACAAUUUCACACGAGCACACCCGCUUCUUACCGGGAUACCUCUUGUCCUAUACUACGGUCCCAACCUCAUACGUGUCCUUGUCUUCAUCCCGUGGCUCUCAUUCCAACUUAUUCUGCGCGGUCUUGGCUUUGGCCGGGAUGGUGUUGAACGAGGUUCACUGGCAGCCAGCUACGAGUCGCAGUAUUACACGUACGGAACGGGUGGAAUCCCUCAUAAUUCGGCGUUUGCGUACAUGCAAUCGGCGGGAGCUCGCACGCCAACCUGGAGGACGUCUCUUAUCAUGUUCAUUUGGUAUGCCAUCGACCUAGCGCUCGGUGUAUGGGGGUUUUAUAUCCUAGCGCGCUACUAUGGCGUUGUGGCGUAG